CUCGUCCAAUCAGCAGUAACUAAUCCAUUCUCACAUUGUACCUACUUUUUCCGGUUGAUCUGAUUUAUCGUUGUUAUCUCGCUCGUUAUUUUGUUUUGUUGUUGUGUUUUUAUUCUGACUUGCUAUUUCAGUCUCGUUUUUUAUCGUUGCAUUUGUCGUUGUGUGUUUUUGACUCGGUAUUUUGUUUUUAGAUUUGGCUUUGUGUUUUUUAUUUAUUGUUUUGGUGUGCAGUUCUCAGACUGCUUCAUAAAAUGUGUAUAAAUGCAAUGUAACGUUAGUUCCGAGAUGAUUUAGACGUGAUGACUGCAAGGUCAGUACGCUUUGAUUUGAAGACCUGUGCUCAUAUCUAACUGUACAAUAAAAGACGACUGCUGAAGACAAUAUCAGUCUUCAGUUAAAGACGUUUCCAUCGCUGGUGUCGGUUGUUGGAAGAUUCAAGAGAAGAUCAAAGAUGAGUGAUCCAGACCUAUGCCGAAUUAAACAAGAAGAUACUGAGGAACAAAAAGACUUGUUGGACGUGAAAGUUGAAAGUGAUGAAGAUGAGGAGAAACACUACUAUCAGCCAUCUCAAAUUUUCCUAAACGGAGAAACAUCCAGUAGCUUGCAGAUCAAAAAUACUUUCUUUCCAAAAAGAAAGCAAAGUACAGAACCGGAGAGGUCUUUCACCUGCCCUCACUGUGAGAAGACUUUCAAACAUAAAAGAAGUUUUGAGGAACACGUGAGAGUUCACACUGGAGAGCGUCCAUACCCAUGUCUUCAGUGUGGAAAAAGUUUCAGACAGACGUCAGAGCUUAAUGUGCACAUGAGAAUUCACUCUGGAGAGCGGCCAUAUGCAUGUAUGCAGUGUGGAAAGAGUUUCAGACAGAUAUCAGAACUGAAUGUGCACAUGAAAAUUCACUCCGGCGAGCGUCCAUACACAUGUCCUCAGUGUGGAAAAAGUUUUACAUAUAAGCAAAGUCUUGAAGUGCACAUAAGAACGCACACUGGAGAGCGUCCAUACGCAUGUCCUCAGUGUGGAAAGAGUUUCAUUAAGAAAUCAGAGCUUAAUGUGCACAUGAGAAUUCACACUGGAGAGCGUCCGUACACAUGUCUGCAGUGUGAAAAGAGAUUCACACAGAAAUCAAAUCUUGAUGUGCACAUGAGAAUUCACACUGGAAAGAGUCCAUACACAUGUGAUCAGUGUGGAAAAAGUUUCACAUGGAAAAAAUGUCUUGAAGUGCACACAAGAACGCACACUGGAGAGCGUCCAUACACGUGUCCUCAGUGUGCAAAGAGUUUCAUACAGAAAUCAGAGCUUAAUGUACACAUGAGAAUUCACUCUGGCGAGCGGCCAUACCCAUGUCUACAAUGUGAAAAACGUUUUACAUGGAAACAAAGUCUUGAAGUACACAUAAGAACGCACACUGGAGAGCGUCCAUACACGUGUCCUCAGUGUGCAAAGAGUUUCAUACAGAAAUCAUUGCUUAAUGUGCACAUGAGAAUUCACACUGGAGAGCGUCCAUACACAUGUCUGCAGUGUGAAAAGAGUUUUACACAGAAAUCAAAUCUUGAUGUGCACAUGAGAAUUCACACUGGUAAGAGUUCAUACACAUGUGAUCAGUGUGGAAAGAGUUUCGUACAAAAAUCUGAGCUUAAUGUGCACAUGAGAAUUCACACUGGAGAGAGUCCAUAACUGUGUCCUCAUAAUGGAACAGAAAUCAACACUUGAAGAUCACAUUUGGGAAGCAUCAAUAUACCUGUGAUCAAUGUGAAAACUGAAAUUGACAAUGGAAGGAGAGAUACUGCAAAAUUACAGUGACUCCCAGCAGUUUACCUGUCAAAUACUGCUUUUAAAAAUUACAGUAAAAUACUGUAUCAAUGUCUCUAGUGCAAUUUAGCGUGUUGUAAAUGUAUAUACUGUACAUCAAUACUGUUAAAUGUAGAGGCUUUUUUGGUCUUUCCUCCAGUGAUGUAACAUGAAACACUAAAUAUAUGCCAUUACACUGUAUAAAUUACCUGUAAUUUGUUGUUCAUAUUUAUUUACUGUAAAACAGUAUGUACAAGAUGCGUAAUUACUGCCUUUCAUAAACGCACUGUUUUAAAGGUGAGAAGAAAACGAACAUUAAAAUAACAAAGUGCUCAAUUAACUCUUUCCUGGCCAGCGUUUUAAAAAAAAGUUGCCAGCCAGCGCCAGCAUUUUUCAUGAUUUUCACAAAAGUUUAAUGCCUUCCAGAAAAUGUUCUUCUUUAAAUAUAUAAACAAACAAUAUAUUAGAUGAAAGAACAGAUCCUCUGCUUAAAAAAAAAAAAACUUUUCAUCCUACCUUCAUUAGUUCUCUUGUAAUCACCUCUCAAACAUGGGUUGGUUUUUUCAAAAACACCCAAUUUUGAGCAAAAAGCUGAGAUAAUUCCAUUUUUGUGAAGGACUUUUGAUAGAGAUCAGAUGCAGAGCGAUCUUUAAAACAUACACGGAGUUCUUUUUCUUUCACAUGAGGUGCUACUUCCGGGUUGUAUAAGUUGCUGGUGGUUAAUAGCGGUAUUGCGGAAAGCAGAGCCGGACAGUAACGGAGUACAUUUACUUGAGUACAGUACUUAAGUACAAUUUUGAGGGAUCUGUACUUUACUUGAGUAUUAUUUUUGGGGAGUACUCAUGACUUUACUCAAGUACAUUUGAGAGGCAAAUAUUGUACUCUUUACUCCGCUACAUUUCUACCCAUAACUGUGAGUACCCGUUACUUCUAAAAAAAAAAAAAGGAAAAAAGAACAAUCUCAGAAACCCUUGAUUUGUUGUUUCCCUUUUCUCAAACGUGAUUGGAUUGUGCAGGCGCCACUGAUUGGGACAGCCUAUCAGCUAUCACCUUCAGCUUUCCGCCAAAGUCCCAAUAGUCAGAUUUAGAUAAGAGAAGAAACCAUGGACAAAACAAUGGAUGAAGACAC